AUGACUGUGGCGGUGGCGGCGGGGGUGGCCUUACUCGAGGGUCACCAUAAUGACAUCGAGGAUCUAGAAGAUGGCCAGGAUUCAGAGAGACAGGGCAGGAUUUUGUUCCCGUUCGUGAGCAUCGUUCGGUUCGCGAACACCGAGUGCUCUAGCGCGAGCACCCUCAACGGGACCUGCCUGGCGCGGCGCGAGUGCAACGACCUGGGGGGCACCAUCACCGGCUUCUGCGCCAACAGGAGGGGCCGGUGCUGCAUCGUGUCCCGGACGUGCGGGUCUACCUCGAACGUGAACAACACGUACUUCACGAGCCCCGGCUACCCGGCGGCCUAUUCCGGCGGCUCCACUUGCUCGCUCAUCGUGCACCGCUGCAACGCGCAAGUGUGCCAGCUCCGCAUAGACUUCCUAGACAUGGUGCUAGCGCAGCCGGACGGCGACGGCAACUGCAUCUCGGACGCGGUCACCAUCACGGGGGGGAACACGGUGGUGCCCGUCAUCUGCGGAGACAACACCGGACAGACGCUCUUCGUGGAUUUCGCUGGCAACACUCCGAUCACCAUCACCAUCACCGCCACAGCCGCCACAGUGUUUUCUAGACGGUGGAAUAUUAAACUCACGCAGUUGGGCUGCGACUGUCCAGGCAUUGCUCCAAACGGCUGUCUCCAAUACUACACGGGCACCUCGGGAACCAUCACGAGCUUCAACUACGGAACGGCGGCCAACCAGGCGCUGUCCACGUCGCUGGUCACCGGCACCCGACAGAUGGUCAACCUUAACUACGGCAUCUGCAUCCGGAUGGAGGCCGGCUACUGCUCUAUACAGUAUGCGCAGGCGGCGGGCGACCCCUACUCGUUCACGGUAACCGGCGACGUGGAGGGCGCAGACGCCACGGUGCUGGGCACGGCGCUCGGGGCCGCCAACAACGGGGCCUGCACCACAGACUUCGUGGUGAUUCCUGACCCCGUGGUGGCCGCCACGCAAGUGCCCGUCGGGACCGACCGCUUCUGCGGGAUCGGAUUCGUGCCUGUUGUUUCCAACGUGAAGCCAUUCGUCCUGUACGUUGUGACCAACGCCAACGAGGGCGCCACCGCCACCGCGCCGCCCGACAUCGCCAACCGGGGCUUCUCGCUCGCUUACACGCAGGUCGCCUGCUAAUCAUGCUGA